AUGAUCCCCAACAUCUCCGUCACCUUCGCCGCUGCAGUGCGUGCAGCGCCAUGCGUGGCGCCGGGCUCCAGCCUGAGAGCUAGCCGAGGCAGACUUGGCACCGGCAGCGGGAGAUGUGCGGCCAAAGCUGUCGCAGCCGUCUUCCACGAAGUCGGCAAGCCUAUGGAGCUGCGAGAGAUCCCUCUUCCAGAACGGCUAAAUGAAGGCGAGCUUCUCGUUCGAAUGGAGGUGGCCACAAUUUGUGGGAGUGAUCUGCACACUGUCAGUGGCAAGAGACAGGAGCCGAUGCCGUUGGUCCUUGGGCACGAAGGUGUCGGUGUCAUCGAAAGGAUCGGCAGCGACAUUUUCAGCGGCAAUCGUCCCAGGCACCGUGGCUGGAAACUCCAGGAGGGCGACAGGAUCACAUUCAGUGUCGCAGACUCCUGCGGCAUGUGUCCGGAAUGCACGCUGCACAAGUUGCCGCAAAAAUGCAUGUCGCUGAUGAAGUAUGGGCACGCUCGCAUGUCGGAAGGAACUGGCCUCAACGGCACGUACGCGACGCAUGUUCUGCUUCGCCCGGGGACCCAUGCUGUGAAGCUUCCUAGCACGCUCAGCUCGCGUGUCUGUGCCCCGGCAAACUGUGCUCUUGCCACUGUUGUCAACGCAUUGGACAUGGCGAGGCUUCCCAGGUACGGCUCCAACAAGAGCGCUGUAGUGCAAGGAGUGGGGCUUCUUGGCAUCUACGCCGUUGCGUGGUUGAAGAAGCGCGUGGGCAUGGACAGUGUCUUCUGCCUCGAUAUGGACUCGGAGCGCCUGAAGACGGCCGAGCAGUUCGGGGGCAUCCCGCUGCUGGUCACAGGUGGGGAGGAGGAAUUCUGGGAGCGGCAGCGCUUCAUACGCAAGCACUACCCACACGGAGUGGAUGUUGCUGUUGAGAUGACCGGAGCCAAAAAUGUGAUCCACGAGGGCGUGCAACUUCUACGCAAUGGCGGGCACUAUUCCUUUGCAGGUAUGGUACAUCCUGAUUCGCAGCUUUCCUCACUCACUGGAGAGACCAUCAUCAGGAAGUGCCUCACAAUCCGCGGGGUGCACAACUACACCCCAUGGAACCUCGAGGAAGCGGUGAAGUUCUUAGACGAGCAGCGCGAGGAGCUUCCGCUGGACUCCGUGCUCUCGCCCUCCAGCUACGCCUUGUCGAACAUAAACGAUGCCAUCGCAGAGGCGUUCUCCGGCAGAUACUGCCGUGUGGUGGUGAAUUGCCAAGACGUGUCUUGA